UCUGACAGACCCCGCAUAUAUCUAUUGACAUAUCUUCUUGGCUGUAUCUUCUGUUCAGCUUGAAUCACUUUCUUCCUUAUAUCUCCCAUACUUCCUUACCUUCUGUGCGAUCAUCUCAUAUCUAGUUCCCCUCCAUUUCGCACUGCAUUAAAAAAUGGCAACUGCCGAAAAGCAACAACAGAAGCCGGCCCUCCAGGCCGAUGAGUAUUCGGACGGCGAUUAUACCGACGACUACGACAGUGACGAUCUGUCCGAGACCGAGGGCAAGCAGAAACCACAACAGUCGACUCAACGGCGCCAGCGACGCCGGCGCCGUGACGACGACUAUGACGACGAUGCCUAUUAUUCCGACGAAUACUCCGACGAAUACUCCGACGACGAUGACUAUGAUCAAGCGGACAACAGCCAAGCCAUGGUCAAGCCCGGGGGGCGAUCAGUAGCCCAGCCCAGCAAUAACAACAACACCACCACCAUCUCCAGCGGAGACACUGGGGAAAUGGCCGCCCCCAAGGGGAGUGCAUUAGACGAGCAAGACGGGCUGAAGUUGAAACUGGAAUUGAAUCUUGAAAUUGAAGUGGAGUUGAAGGCUCAUAUCCAUGGUGAUUUGACCUUGUCGCUGCUGUAAGUCUCCCCAAGGCCUCUAAUUUCCUGAGGAAUAUAUCUCUAAGAUAAGCAGAUCCUAACGAGAGCAGUGCAUGAAUGAUGAGAUGCCAAUUUCGCUCUUGUCCUUGCAGUUUGACGUCGGUCUGGCACCCGCGGUCGGACUCGCCCUUCGAGACUAUGCCUAGACCACUGGUGUGGUAGCAUCGGGUUGUGCUAGCAUCAAGGUUAUGGCUCCGUUUUAUUUAUUUAUUUUUUUUCUUUUCUGUUCUUUUAAUUUGAUUUCUGGGUUCUCAUUGCUGGGUUGGAGUUAGUGCAAUUGUUUUUCUGCUGAUGUGAUCUCUGGGUUAUGCGUGGUGUUGAUAUUGGUCAAUAUUGAAAGAUUAUUAUAUACCACAUUGCUUUGCUUCUGAUGCUAUUGUAAAUGGUCAAUUCGAC